AUGUCAACGCCCACGCCCAGCACUGCGGCCGGGUCGUCGGCGCAGACCUCCGGAGCUGCCCGGCUCUUACAGCGCCAACUCAAGGAGAUGCAUACGUCAUCCGACCUAUCAGGUAUUUCAGUAGGGCUGGCUAAGGAAAGCAACGUCUUCGAAUGGGAGGUUAUUCUAAUGAUCAAUGACGAUUGCAAGUACUAUGGUGGUGCCUAUUUCCGCGCCAUUAUGACCUUCCCGCCCGAGUAUCCUCACCUACCUCCCAAAAUCGUCUUUCAGAACCCGGUCCCGUUCCACCCCAACAUCUACCCUAACGGCGAACUCUGCAUAUCGAUCUUGCACCCGCCGGAGGAAGACAAGUACGGCUAUGAGAGUGCUUCCGAGCGCUGGAGUCCCGUCCAGACCCCCGAGACGAUACUGCUGAGCGUGCUGAGCCUGUUUAAUGAACCCAAUGACGAGAGCCCUGCUAAUCUAGACGCUGCUAAACUGUUGCGAGCCGAGCGAGAAGGUGGCCCCAAGGAGUUCAGGAAGCGGGUGAGGAAGUGCGUUAGGGAGAGCUUGGGUGAGGAUUAG